UCUGCCAUGUCAUUUGCUUCCUUCUUCAGACUGGGGUUUCUGAGAGCAAGGACCGGGUUCCCCAUCAGUCUGGGGCUCCGUGAGGACAGAGGCUGGGCUUCCCACGAUCACUGGCAGCUCUCUGUGGGCUGGGGCUGUGCCUCCUCCAUCCUCGGGGAUGACCCCGUGGUCCCCCAGUCCUAGCCCACCCCCAGUGGGCACAAGGUGGGAGCAGGGAGGGGUGCACACAGUGAUAACCAUCAGUGGGGGAGAAGACUCUACUCCUAGGAGUUCCUAUCCCAGAGGGGCUAAGUCUCAGACCUGCUGCCGGGCCGGCUGGAGACCAAACUCCAGGAUCUAGGUCACCCCCUUGGCAGCAGAGCUGAUUUAUGGUCCCCCUGACAGCCUAAUAUCACCAAAUUACCCCACACAAUGGAGAGAGGCUGGGCUGCCUCCGGGGAGUCACAGAAGGACGCUGAGCCUGGGCGGCACUGCCGCCUCCCGAUCGCAGACCUCCUUCAGGUCUGUGGGGGGAGGCUGGUGCUGACAGAGGGCACACCCAGGCAUGCCACCUUCAGCUGGGGGUAUAAGUAAGAAGCCUUGGGGACAGCCCUGUACCCUGCACUCGGGAACUAGCAGCACUCUGACGACUGCCUCCUAUCCCACGAGCUGCAGCAGGGCCAGCCAUGAGUUGCAGACAAUUCUCCUCCUCUUACCGGAGCCAAGGCAGCUCCAGGGGCGGCGGGGGCAGCAUGAUGUCCUCGUUCGGUCGCGUCAGCUCCUCAGGGGCCGCUGGAGGAGGGGGCCGAUUCAGCUCUUCCAGUAGCUACGGAGUGGGGCGCUCUGGGGCCUGUGGGAGGGGAGGUGGUGGCAGUUUUGGCUCCAGCUACGGUGGAGGAUCUGGGGGUGGUUUUAGUGCUGGUAGCUUCGGUGGAGGUUCCAGGCGCUUCGGUGGUGUGUCUGGAGGAGGCUUUGGGGGUGGAUCUGGAGGAGGCUUUGGAGGCUUUGGGGGCUUUGGGGGUGGAUCUGGAGGAGGCUUUGGUUUUGGUGGCGGUUCUGCAGGAGGCUUUGGGGGAUCUGGGGGCUUUGGCGGUGACUUUGAUGGUGGUGCUGGUGGUAUUCUGGGCACUGAUGAGAAGACCACCAUGCAGAACCUCAAUUUCCGGCUGGCCUCCUACUUGGAUAAGGUGCAGGCACUAGAGGAAGACAACAAUAAACUGGAGGGUAAGAUCCGGGAAUGGUAUAACAAGCAGGGACCCAUGGUCUUCCAAAAGGAUUACUCCCCCUACUAUGACACCAUCGAAGACCUCAAGAACCAGAUUCUGGACACCACAGUGGGCAACCAUAAGACUCUCCUGGAUCUUGACAACAUUCGCAUGACAUUGGAUGACUUCAGGAUGAAGUAUGAGAUGGAAAACACCCUGCGACAAGGAGUGGAGGCUGACAUCAAUGGCUUGCGGAAGGUGCUGGAUGAUCUGACCAUGCAAAAGUCUGACCUGGAAAUGCAGUAUGAGUCUCUGCAGGAGGAACUGAUUUUCCUCAAGAAGAAUCAUGAGGAUGAGAUGAGUCAGCUGACUGGGCAGAACUCUGGGGAUGUCAACGUGGAGAUGAAUGCUGCUCCUGGCAAAGAUCUCACCAAGAUCCUCAAUGACAUGCGCGAGCAGUAUGAGAGGAUCAGUGCUAAGAACCGUAGGGACAUUGAAGAGCAAUAUGAGACUCAGAUGAGCCAGAUGGAGCAGGAAGUGACGAAUAGUGGCCGGGAGAUGGAGUCCAGCAACAAGGAGGUGACCCAGCUCCGGCACAGCAUCCAGGAGAUGGAGAUUGAGCUGCAGUCUCAGCUCAGCAAGAAAUCGGCCCUGGAGAAGUCCUUGGAAGACACCAAGAACCGCUACUGUGGCCAGCUGCAGCAGUUGCAGGAGCAGAUCAGUAACCUGGAGGCUCAGCUCACUGAGAUCCGGGGAGAGAUUGAGUGCCAGAAUCAGGAAUACAGCGUUCUGCUCAACAUCAAGACACGGCUGGAGCAGGAAAUUGCGACUUACCGCAGCCUCCUUGAGGGUGGCCAGGAGGACUUUGAAUCUCAUGAAUCUGGACAAAGGCGCUCUGGAGGUGGCAGAGGAAGUGGAUAUCACGGUGGAAGUGGAGGCAGUCAUGGAAGAGGAUCCUGGGGAGGAAGUGGAGGUAGCCAUGGAAGAGGAAGUGGAGGCAGCUAUGGAGGAAGAGGUAGUUCUGGAGGGGGAAGUGGAGGUAGCCACGGAGGAGGAAGUGGUGGCAGCUAUGGUGGAGGAAGUAGUUCUGGAGGAGGAAGUGGAGGCAGGGGAGGAAGUGGUGGCAGCUGUGAAGAAGGAAGUGGAUCUGGAGGAGGAAGUGGCGGCAGCUACGGAGGAGGAAGUGGAUCUGGAGGAGGAAGUGGCGGCAGCUACGGAGGAGGAAGUGGAUCUGGAGGAGGAAGUGGCGGCAGCUACGGAGGAGGAAGUGGAUCUGGAGGAGGAAGUGGUGGCAGCUACGGAGGAGGAAGUGGAUCCAAAGGCGGAAGUGGUGGCAGCUACGGAGGAGGAAGUGGAAGAUCAUCUCAGUCCCAGUCCUCUUCCUCAAAAUCUGGUGAAUGUGAUGAUACACAAGGCUAUCAGAUUCGAUACUAGAGCUCCUGUAAAUGUUUUUGGCUCCGCCUCAGCUGAGUGUCCCCCAGACGGGCAGCCCCCGACAAAGCCUGCUUAUUGCCUUCUGACAUCAAGGAUGGCUGGCAACGAGUCCCAGGGCUCAUUUGGGACUGGGC